GUUGAUGCAGGAGUGAACAUGGCGUCGUGUGGCAGCAGCAGCCGCGGCGGAGGCUCCGGCGCCUUCCUCCGGCCCAAGGCCGCGGUCGCCGCCCUGCUGGCGGCUCUGCUCUCGGCGGCCCCCGCGCAGGCCCGCGUCCACCACCUCACCCUCAAGGACGACGUGCGGCAGAAAGUUCAUCUCAACACAUUUGGCUUCUUCAAGGAUGGAUACCUGAUGGUCAACGUCACUAACCUGUCCAUUAACCCUCCAGGGGUUGCUGAUAAAAACGUUGUGAUGGGGUUCAGUUUAGACCGAACGCAGAAUGAUGGAUUCUCCACUUACCUGGAUGAAGACCGGGAUUACUGCAUUUUGAACAGAACGCCAGACCGUGACGACUCCAUCCAUCUGCUCCUGAACUUCACAAAGAAGUUCGUGAAAGUCAAGCCCGAAAUCAACCCUUCGCAAUUGCCCAAAAUAAUCUUCAAUGAGCCUCCGGGGAGCGCGCAUUUGGCAAGCAUCCAGAUUUCCGAUCCCAAGCAGCCAGCCAAGCAAAACGGGACCGAAAACCAGGUUCAGGGGCCGGCGGAGAGGAGGUACCCCAUCCAAGACAAAGACAACGGCUUUUCAUUCCAGUUCCACUUCAACAUCAGCUCCAAGAACCAGGAAGGCCUCUACAGCCUCUAUUUCUACAAAUGUGUUCCGGACGGCGUGGAGAACGAGAAAGUUUUCUUCUCCUUUGAAAUCGUGAUAAAGGAGGAGAACCCCAACAGCUACCUCUCGGCGGGAGAAAUCCCUCUGCCCAAGCUGUACAUAUCCAUGUCUCUCUUCUUUUUGAUCUCUGGGGUGGUCUGGAUCCACACGCUUCGGAAACGCAGGGCUGAUGUGUUCAAAAUCCACUGGCUGAUGGCCGCGCUUCCUUUUACCAAGUCCCUGUCUUUAGUCUUCCAUGCGAUCGACUACCACUACAUCUCGACUCAGGGUUUCCCCAUUGAAGGCUGGGCGGUCGUCUACUACAUCACUCACCUGUUGAAAGGGGCUUUGCUGUUCAUCACCAUCGCUCUCAUCGGCACAGGCUGGGCGUUCAUUAAGCACAUCCUCUCCGAUAAGGACAAGAAGAUUUUCAUGAUUGUCAUCCCACUGCAGGUCUUGGCGAAUGUCGCGUACAUCAUCAUCGAGUCGACAGAAGAAGGCACGACGGAAUACGGGCUGUGGAAAGAGAUCCUCUUCCUGGUGGACUUGCUUUGCUGCGGAGCCAUCCUGUUCCCAGUCGUAUGGUCCAUAAGGCAUUUACAGGAGGCCUCCGCAACAGACGGGAAAGCUGCCAUCAACCUAGCAAAGCUGAAGCUCUUCAGACAUUACUACGUCAUGAUUGUGUGUUACAUUUACUUCACACGGAUCAUCGCCAUCCUCAUCAAGAUCGCUGUUCCGUUCCAGUGGAAAUGGCUUUAUCAGUUGCUGGACGAGAUGGCCACCUUGGUGUUCUUCGUCCUAACCGGGUACAAGUUCCGACCGGCCUCCGACAACCCUUACCUGCAGCUUUCUCAGGACGACGAAGACAGCUUGGACAUGGAAGCUGUGGUGACCACUUCAGGAGUCAUGGAGGGCAUGAAGAAAGUCAAGAAGGUGGUGAACGGCUCCACGGAAUCCCGAAGCGAGCGAGAAAGCUCUGCGUGAUGUUCGUCUUCCUCCCCACCCCCACCCCCACCCCCCCUCCGCCCCACCCCUCACCCCUAGGACAAAGCCGCACUUUUCAGACAAACUCUAAUUUAUUGAUCUUUGACUUCCCUCGACAGAAAGGGGAGCAAGUUGAGCUUCCUCAUACGGAAACAGAAUAUUGGGGUCGGGUGAGCAGAGACAAAAUACUGCAAAAAAAAAGCUAGAAAAGAAAAGAAAAGAAAAAUCAAAACUGUAUCCUCUGUCUUAAGGAUCUUGGACUCUUCUGGUACCUACAAGGAAGGUUUUCUGGAUAAGCUGAUGGCCCUUACCUUAUUAUUGUUUCAAGAUCUUUUGUUUUCGUUGCUUUGGUUUCAUUCUCCACCCCGCCCCCUCCUCCUUUGGGAAACUUGACUCCGAAAAAGUCCGCAGCUCAGCUCCUUGAGACGCUGCUUCCAAAUGUGAAAGAAACAAAAAAUGACUGGUAGCAGUUGUGUGUGUAAAAUUAUAGAUAUACACAUAUAUA